GGGUUGGACAUUUCAGGCAUCGCUCCCUGCUGCCCCUACUGGCGAUACAGGGAAUCGGACUGAUCAGAGUGCUGAUGAUCACACACUGAUGACAGUAAUCACGCCUAUCAGACACUGCAUGUGCAACCACAACUGAAACCUCUGAACUAUCAUCCUCUGUUUAUCCUGUUUUGCGUGCUAAUAUAGUAUUUAUAUCAUUUUGCACUGUAGCUCUACUGUCAGCCCUCAUUAUGUAAGUCACAUUGGGCAAAUAUUCACAUUGAGCUGGAUUCUCCAGCAUUGGUAGAGAGAAAGGGCCCUUAAACGAUGGACAUUAUAUUAAUUUGAAGCAUCAUGGAAAAUCUAUAGUAUAGAUCUAGUAUAAGUGCAGGUUUUUUUUUUUGUCAUUUGACACCAGAUAGUUUUUAUUAGGAUAGCACACUGGUGUCACUGUCCUGCAUACUGGACAGACCGAGGAAAUAAUUUUGUUCCUCAAUCCAAACAGCUUUCCAACAUAUGAAAUGUAGGCGUAGGACAUCCUUUCAGCAACAUAGACACAUUUGCUCCUAGUGUGUUAUGGCUGGUUCAUUCAGCCACACCACAUAGUUUUCUUGUAGUGUUUUUUUUUUUUGGUGUUUGUAUUAUCAUACCAGAUCUAUCAAUGUAUCUGAUAAUAAAUAUCCCAGACAUAGACACCCCAGAUAUCACGCUACAUAUUUUAUUGACUUUAGUUUUACCCACUCCAAUCCACUAGGUGGAGACCUAUCCCAAGUAAUGAUGGCGCUCCGAAAUCAUAAUUCCAAACAUAGGCUUUUCAGGAAGCAAUGUGCAUGUGUUUUGCCUGUGUCGGUGGUGCCGAUUUGCUAGUGUAAAUAAGUCAUAUUAAGAUGCUUUUGUGUAUUUUACACAACUUGCGCAUUCUUAGCACACCUGCGUAGUUUGUGGAAGGCAGAAUUCGCCAAUAAAUAAGAAAACGCUUGGUAGCUUUAUAUAAUAGUCCCAACAAGCGUUGUAGAUCAACGUAAACGUUAGUUGUCAGACUGGGAAAUACAAACGUUUGUGUGCAAGAUAGGACCUCUAAUAUGUCUAGAAAGGUUAUUGCUUGUUGGACGUGUUUCGAAAGUCGAACGACAUCAUGACGUCUCGUUUUGAACACCACAGACAGCAGCGUUCGGUCAGCUAGCAUCAUUCUGGAGACAUAAAACUGGAACUACCUUUGCUUAGCAGCGGGCCAUGUCUGAACAAAUGAAGACGAGUGAAGAUGGUGUCAUUUCAGGACGCAUAUCAUGGGCACUCAGGUCAGAAGAUUGUCAUAUAUGCGAUGUGAUAAAGACACACCAAGAGGAUAAUCUUCAGGAAGUGGACACCUCUGUUAGAAGCGACGAUGCGCCUCUGUACCUGGACCAGGUGGAUGACACGCCAUGCGUAAUUACGCUCCAGUGCGCCCCAACACCUCGCAGCGUUAUCACCGCUCUCCUGGUGGUCAGCGAGGCGCGGACCAUAGAGGUGUACUCGGCAUCCGGGGACUACUGCGGCACUUGCCGUGGGGAGCAAGACCCCAGCAUCAACCCUGAAGGAACUACAGAGAACAGACCUUUCUACAGGAAACACUUGAAGUUAGAGUGCCCCACUACGUCCUGUGAAGUGAAGCUGCUGUCUCUUGGAGGGCGUGCCAGUGUGGGCAUCGCUGGCGUCCACGUGGCGGUGCAGGUCCUGGAGCCCACGGAACCGCAGCAGCAGGUGGGCACGGGUGGCAGCAUCGACCUGCAGCAGGUGCAGACCAUGAUGGAGGAGAUGGGCACCACCCUCUCACCAGGGGCACAGCACCUUAUGGACAUGGUGCAGUUCCAACAGAAGAGCAAAGCGGACAGCAUGGCGAGCUUCUUCCCGCUCCUGAUGGGCAGCGGCGUGUUCUCUGGGCUGAGUAAAGGAGCGUCUGUUCCGUCGCCCCCCACGGCGCGCGCCCCCCCUCCCUCCCCCUCGCCCUCGCCCUCCCCGUCUCCGUUCCCCUUCGGCGCGCUCGCCCAUCCCCCCGCGCUGCCCACGGCCGGCCAGGACAAUGCGUCCCUCUCAGAGUCCGCCGCGCCGGGCACCGCCGGGCACCGCCCAUGCCCGACCCCGACCCCGAGCGCGAGCCUGUCCGCGUCUGCCCGUGCCAGCCUGCCGCCCGCGGGCAUGAGCCAGGGCAAGUUGGCGGAGGUGAUGUCAGCGCUGAUGCGCGCGCCCGCCGGGCAGCACUGUGCCGCCGCUACUGUGCCCGACCUGCUGCCGCUGCUGCAGAGCGUCUGCUGCCAGGUGGCGCAACUCCGCAUGGACGACUCCGCCGCCAUCGCCCAGGGCAAGGCCCACGCGCCCAACGGCCCGCCGGAGGUGCACGUGUGUUGCCGUGGCCUGGAGGAGGCGCUAGAGAGGCAUCUACAGCAGAUGGAGGCGCGGCUGAAGGAGCACCUGGACCUGCGGCUGGACUCUCUGGAGCAUAAGCUGGACUCGGUUCUGCAGCACGUUCUCCAGCCGCCCACACAGCCCAGCUGAACCUGCCCGGCACCGCACCUCACCAAAGACCCCAAUAGCGCCCUCUAGUUGUGUGGAGGUGGCACUGCAGAGUCCCUGCAGUGCCAUCUCCACACAGCUAGAGGGCGCUGCCGUGUUUGCUGCUUAUGAAAUGGACACUCUAAUGAGAUGCUGAGAGAAAGGCUGGGUUUAACUGGUUAAUGCAAUGGCAAGGCUCUAAUGACCGUCUGAAUAAUCAUGAGAUGCUGAGAGAAAUGCUGGGUUUAACUGGUUAAUGCAAUGGCAAGGCACUAAUGACUAGAGUCUCUAUGGACCUAAACUGCUUCCCCUUGCCUGUAGCAACGCACUGACAGAUCAUGCAUAUUGUUGUGUUAAAGUCUAUAUAAGUUCUGUAUUGUGUUGUCAGCCUCUAUACAGUAUAACAUUUUUUUUUAGCUUUUUAUUGAUUGUUACUGUACACCGUAAACACUGUAACUGAGGAUCUGCAUGGUUUAAAUAAAAAAUAAAACCUAUUUAUACACUGAA